ACAUAAUAUCCAUAAGGAGUAACACUCACAGUAGUGUCAAGAUUAGGAAAUGGAGAUAUGCCUCCAUCACCAGGAAAGAUACAUUCCUUACCUGUCAAGGUUUUGUAUCAUCUGGAUUCAUCACCUCAAUCAUACCUAACAAUAUUGUCAGAACGACAGUCAGUAUAUAUAUACCCGUCUCCUACCUCACACGGUAGCUCGACCAACAUCAACGGUUCUGGUUCAGAGGAGAAAUCAUGUCAGUCGGGUGUUUGUUACCUCAAUCCUGUCGCUAGGGGGAUAUGUUAUUCCAGUCCGGAAUGUAUCCCCCAAUCCGGCUCACUCGAUUUCUCAGUAUACUACCUCGACCCAUCACCUCGUAAAACGAGAGGGGCAUUCACCGAUCAAACUUCCGAAGGAACAUGGACCGGUAGAGGUUUCCUUUCCUGGGCACUAUCAGAAACAGAUCCUAAAACUUACAUCAAAGGUCGGUUGGUACACGAUAGGGAAUUUUCCAAUUUCACGGAUGAUAAUGGUUUAGAAGGGUUGAUGGAGGCUGCAUCAAGAACACAAGAUCAAGAUCCAAAUUCAGGUUGGGGUUUAGAGGUUUGUUUAACUUUAAGACAAGUGAAUCCUGAGAAUAAACUUGCUUUUUCGGGAAGACAACAAUUUGUGGAUAUGUUGAGUGGUCUGACUGGAUCUGGAGUUUCUUCAAAUUCGUCAAAUGUAUCGAACAUAUCGACUACGAU